CCCUAGCGAGCGAUCAGAAACCCCAGAGGUAGGGUUUCUCCUCCGCGACCACAAUGGAUUCCCUCCGCUCCCCGUUCCUCUCCCCCUUCCCCUCUCCCUCCCCCAACCAACCCCAUCGUCGUCUCCCCUCCCCCGCCCCUCUCCGCUCCGCCCUCUCCUCCGACCCCUGGUCCCUCAGCUCCGGCAAUGGCGGCAGCGGCGGCGGCGGCGAGAGGCCCCGAACCAAUCCCUACCGCCGGAACCCUCGGAAGCCCCUCUCCGACGACGACGCGCGGCGCAUCAUCCGCGCCAAGGCGGCGUACCUCAGCCGCCUCCGCCGCAACCAGGGGAGCGGCGCCGAGACCCCGCGGUGGAUCCGCCGCACGCCGGAGCAGAUGGUGAGGUACAUCGAGGGCGACCGCGACGGGCACCUGUACGGGAGGCACGUGGUGGCCGCGAUCCGGGCGGUGCGGGGCCUCUCGUCGCGGCCCGAGGGCUCCUACAACAUGCGGGAGGUGAUGGCGUCGUUCGUGGCGAAGCUCAGCUUCAGGGAGAUGUGCAUCGUGCUCAAGGAGCAGCGCGGGUGGCGCCAGGUUCGGGACUUCUUCGAAUGGAUGAAGUUGCAGCUGUGUUACAAACCUAGUGUUAUUGUCUACACUAUUGUUCUUAGGGCUUAUGGCCAAGUUGGAAAGAUCAAACUAGCUGAACAGAUCUUUCUGGAGAUGCUCGAAGCUGGUUGUGAACCUGACGAAGUGGCUUGUGGAACUCUUCUGUGUGCUUAUGCUAGGUGGGGCCGGCAUAAAGACAUGUUGCUAUUCUAUUCAGCUGUUCGUAGAAGAGGUGUCUUACCUUCUAUUGCCGUAUUUAACUUCAUGAUUUCAUCUUUGCAAAAGCAGAAGCUGCAUGGAAAAGUCAUCCAGUUGUGGAAGCAAAUGUUGGAAGUAGAAGUAGCGCCGAAUCGCUUCACUUAUACAAUUGUUAUUAGCUCACAUGUUAAAGAAGAUCUCAUGGAGGAGGCUUUGGAUAUUUUUGGGAAAAUGAAGAAAGCUGGAUUUAUCCCUGAAGAGGCAACAUACGGUCAUUUAAUCAGCUUAACCGCCAAAAAUGGCAAAAGGGAAGAAGCAUUAAGACUUUAUGAAGAGAUGAGACCUUCGGGUAUUAUCCCAAGUAACUACACCUGUGCCUCCAUGCUUAAUCUAUAUUAUAAGCAUUCAGAUUACUCGAAAGCUCUCUCACUUUUUGCAGAGAUGGAAAGAAAUAAAAUUGUUCCUGAUGAAGUCAUUUAUGGAAUACUUGUUAGGAUAUAUGGAAAACUCGGACUUUAUGAGGAUGCAGAAAGAACAUUCAAAGAGAUUGAAGCAUUGGGUAUUCUUAGCGAUGAGAAAACAUAUGUGGCGAUGGCUCAAGUUCAUAUUAGUGCUGGGAAUUAUGAAAAAGCACUAGAAGUUUUGGAAGUUAUGAGGUCUAGAAACGUUGAACUGUCGAAUUUUGCAUAUAGUGCUUUACUUCGAUGUUAUGUUGCCAAGGAAGACGUAGCUUCGGCAGAAGCUGCUUUUCAAGCACUAUCUAAAGCUAGCCUUCCUGAUGCUGUUUGCUUUAAUGAUUUACUUGUGUUGUAUGUAAAAUUGGGUCUUCUGGAAAAGGCCAAGGGAUUGAUCUCCCAAAUGAGAGAAAAUGAGCUUAAAUUUGAUGAGAACCUCUAUAAGACUGUUAUGGAAGUAUACUGCAGAGAGGGAAAGAUCGACGAUGCUGAAAAAUUACUUGAAGAUAUGGAGAAUAAUGGGUUUGGUAUGGAUAAAACAACUAGGGCAUCGCUAAUGGCAUUAUAUGGGAAAGCAGGAGAGCUUAGGAAAGCAGAGAAUUUGUUAAGGACAACACAGCAACCAGAUACCAAUGCACUUGGUGUAAUGCUCCGCAUAUAUUUGGAAACUGGUGAUAGCUAUAAUUCCAAUGAGAUCUUGAAAUCCAUGUUGGAGACAAAUUUUGGUCUAUCUGCAGCAUGCCAAUUGAUCUGCAAAUUUGCUAGGGAAGGGAAUAUAGCGCGGGCUCAGUUCUUAUACGACCAAUUAAUUAAAUUAGGUUUCAGACCUGAGGACUCUGCAGCUGCUUCUUUAAUUACUCGAUAUGGUCAGAUCCAGCAGUUAGAACAAGCCCAGGAAGUUUUUAAGUCAGCGUCGAACUCUUUGGCAAUAGGAGCAACUCUUUGCAAUGCCAUGGUUGAUGCUUUUUGCAAAUGUGGCAAAGUUGAUGAAGCAAACCAACUCUACAGGGAAUCAGUUAGUCUCGGCAAUACGCAAGAUGCAGUCACUAUCAGCAUACUUGUAAAUGCUUUAGCUAAGCAUGGGAAACAUCAGGAGGCAGAGUGCAUUAUCAAUCGAAGUUUGGACUAUGAAGUGGCACUUGAUACUGUUGCAUAUAAUACUUUUAUUAAGUCUAUGCUAGAUGCAGGUAAGUUGCACUCCGCCAUCAGUAUAUAUGAUCGCAUGAUCUCUUCUGGUGUGCCUCCGUCUCUUCAAACUUACAACACAAUGAUUAGUGUUUAUGGCCAAGGAGGCAAAUUGGAGAACGCUAUUGAGAUGUUUAAUGCUGCGAAGGACUUGGGCUUUUCUGUUGAUGAGAAAGCAUACACAAAUAUGCUUACCUACUAUGGGAAAGCUGGUCGGUGCCCGGAGGCAUCUCUAUUAUUCAGUAAAAUGAAGGAAGAUGGAAUUAUACCUGGAAAGAUCAGUUACAAUUCCAUGAUCAACGUCUACGCCACUUCUGGUCUACACCGCAAAGUGGAAAUCCUUUUCCAAGAGAUGCUGGAAACUGGGCAUCGUCCCGAUUCUUUUACCUAUCUCGCACUGAUCCGAGCCUACACCGAAAGUGGAAAUUACCUCAAAGUGGAGGAAACAAUUCAUGAAAUGCUAAACGAGGGGAUAACUCCCUCGUGUUCCCAUUUCAAUCACCUCAUUUUCGCCCUUUUAAAGGAAGGGCUUAUUCUAGAAGCCCAAAGAAUGUACAACCAAAUGCGGCAAAUGGAGAUAGCUCCUGAUUUGGCUUGUUGUAGAAGCAUGAUGAGGGCUUAUUUGGAUUACGGUCUUAUAAACGAAGGCAUUUCUUUCUUUGAGACAAUCAACGAGUCUAUAAAGCCCGACAGUUUCAUCUUCAGUGCGGCCAUUCAUCUCUACGAGUACGCGGGAAAAGAAUCUGAAGCUGGGGAUAUUUUCGACACGAUGAAUAUAUUAGGUCUCUUGUUUCUGAGAAAUUUAAGGGUCGGAGCGAAGUGUGAAACUGCAUCGGAAGCUAACACUAGAAUUCAAACUGAGGGUGGGGAAGUACACUGUAUAUAGGCGAAUAUAGUGGAUAACUUCGAUGAAGCGGCAUCGAAUGAAUUCUGAUAUGGCUGAGAAACUGCAACAUAAUUUACUACUGGUCCAUAACGUAUCGUAUUUGAUUUUUUGGUGACAGAGAGAGAUUAGUGACAAAUGCAUCGAGAUCGAGAUUGAGGUCGAGAGAUUGAAAGAGAUAGAUCGGGGAAUCAUUGGGCCAAGGAUCGGACAGGCACGCUCCAACUGCAGGCCAUUUUGCAUCAACAGACCAUCAGUCUUUUCCUGAUUUUGCAGUUUAAAACCCACAUCUUUGUUUGUUCUCGAAACUGUCGUAUAAAAUAUCUCCAGCACCUGGCGCGAACUGAGUCCAUAGAUAUGAAUUACAAAAUGUGCCAGGUUGUGUUUCAUGUCAUAAAAAGGAGAUUUUAGUCUCGAAUUGCAGAAACAGAAAUCUGUGGGUUAAAACUGCAAAAUCGAAAAGAACAAUGUGUAUGUAUUACUUCCGCGAAAUCCCUCAAAUGUUUCAGAUUGAACUUAAGGAGCCAUGGUAUGUUAACAACCAAGCUGAAAAAUUUUGCUUGCUGAUGAGGAGAAAUAAAUUCAUUUUUCGUCGAAUAUUUGUAUCUCUGUUACUGUUUCAAAUGUGGUUAGCAUAGAAUGGUUCAUAAACUGGUGAGAAAAUGAGGUGGAUGGUGUAAAAUUCUUCUGAUGUCUUUUGGUUUUAUGUAUACUGUUAUAUUACUUGCAAGUAACUCUUGUGAGUUAUUUUUGUCAAAAAGUGCAUAAUAUUACUAGCAAUUUUCUUGGUUUUA